AUGUGGUCCAAGGGCUUCGUCGUGUCGCCGUUGCAGAUCCCUAUUUUCGAGACGCGCAGCGACGGUCGCGACAACUUUCUGGUGGCGCUGCUGCUGGCCGGUCAGUUUACGAUUCCCGAGGUCACCGUGUUCUUCAACCACGAGCUGUUCCGCGGCAACCGCACCACCAAGAUCAGCACGGGCAAGCUGAGCGCCUUCGGCUCACCCAACCUGUCGCCGCUCGUGUCGGUCGGCAUCGAUAUCGAAGUUGACUACCGAACGAUAUUCCGUCCUACGACGAUCGCCCGGUUUGAGGUCCACAGCCGCCUCUGCCGACACGUCGGGCUGCUCCGCCUGUUUCCCUCCAUCACGACGGAGACGGUGAAAGCGUUUCUCCAAGAACCGAUCCAGGGGGUAGUGCUGCAGUCGUACGGGGCCGGCAAUGUACCCUCCAACCGCAAGGACCUGCUAGACGCCUUCUACCAGGCCAGACAGCGAGGUGUCAUCGUCGUCAACUGCACCCAGUGCAGUCAGGGCGCCGUCAGCGCCACCUACGAGACGGGCAAGUCCCUGCUGGACGCCGGCGUGCUCCCCGGAGCGGACAUGACCCCCGAGGCCGCGCUCACCAAGCUCGCCUACGUGCUCACCAAGGACGAGUGGGACCUCGAGACCAAACGACAGAAGAUAACGCAGAACCUGCGCGGCGAGCUGACCGCGCACGUGGACGUGGAGCUGCACGACCAGGACCUGGUGGAGGCGAUCGCGCGCAAGAUGCACAUGACCUCGAGCGGCGAGGUGGAGCGGCUGCGCGAGACCCUGUACCCGGCCAUGCUGUGCUCUGCGGCCGAAUGCGGCUCCAUCGAGCGCAUCGACGCGCUGCGGAACUUCGGGGCUGACGUGUCCAGCAUGGACUACGACCGGCGCACGCCGCUGCACGUGGCUGCGAGCGAGGGCAAUACGGCCGUGCUGCGUCACCUGCUGCUGCACGGCGCCAGCGUUCACAUCCGCGACCGCAGCGGCGCCACGCCUCUCCACUCGGCCGUGCAGUUCCAGCGGCUCGACUGCAUCCGCAUAUUGGUGGACUGCGGCGCCCAUCUUGUCAUGGCGCCGGCGCACCUCGGCGAGCAGCUGUGUAGCGCCGCCGCUACUGGCCGGGUCACCAUGCUGGAGGCAUACCGACUGGCCCAGACCGACCUCGGCCAGCCGGACGCCACCGGACGCACCGCCCUGCACGUGGCGGCGCUGUCGGGCAAUGCCGACAUCUGCCGGCUCCUGCUGGCCUACGGCGUGAGCCCGGCGGCCAAGGACAUGCUUGGCUUCACGCCGGCCGCGUACGCACGCAUGGCCGGCAACCACGACCUGCAGCGAGAGCUGGACCAGAGCGGUGUCUCUCUGCAGGCCAACGGUCGGGACGCCUUGAACGGGACGCCCGGCCUCUCAACGUUCCUCUCAAGUCGCUGUGACGAGGUGCUGUCGCGCGAGGCGGCCGGGUCGAUGCGCUUCCUGUCCAGCGCGAGCGAGGCUUCAGGUACAUCCGUCGCGCGCGCCGGCCGGGUCACGUGCAGCAUGACGCCCUGCCCGCUGUCAGCAGUCGUGGCGCUCAGCUGCGCCGCGCUCGUCAUCGGCCGCUUUUCCCGCCAGCCUGGCAUCGUGUCGGGCCCCGCCGUCGCUCAGCUGUCGGCGCCCUCUCGCCUGAUCUGCGCCGCCUGCUGCAGCACGCCGGUCGAGUACGUGAGCGAAGAGCUGACGCCCCUGCCCGGCCGGCUGGCAGCUGUUCGGCGACAGCUGUACCUGCGGUCGUCCACGAUGUCGGGUCUUGACUGGGAGGCGAGCCGGGCCGCCUACUGCGCGCGCGGCCCCUGCGCGGACCUGACCACGACCACGGACGUGGCCGAGGCCGCCUGGAUACUGCAUCACAGCAGCCGGCCACCUUUCGGCGAGUACAUUGGCAUGCGCACCUGGGACGAGGGCACGUUCAUCGAUAUCGACGGCUCGAAGCCGUCAGCCAAACCCGUGCUAGCCUUCAACGCGGCUACCGGUCAGCCGGGCGCGCGGCUCGCCUCCUUCCCCUCCGCCGGCACGUGGAACAUCCUGAGGGUGGUGAUGCCAGUCACCACGAGCACACACGUCGGCUUGCAUCGGGCCUCCGACAGCAGCUUCCGCUCGGUGGACGGCACUGCCUGGAACAUAACCUGGCUGCCCGAUGAGCCCAAGACUGGCGUCGGCUUAGACUGCGUCGCCACCGAGCUGGCCGGGGCCAAGGUCAUCCCAUGCUCGGCCGCACACAGCUUCAUCUGCCGUGUGCCU